GGCACCGCCCGCACAAGCCCCGCCCCGGAAUAACUCUGAGCUCCGCUCCAGCGGCCUACCCCAGAACGCAAAGAACUUUAACCAUGGCAAUGACUCUGGGUUACUGGGACAUUCGCGGGCUGGCUCACGCCAUCCGCUUGCUGCUGGAAUACACGGACUCCAACUACCAGGAGAAGAGGUACACGAUGGGAGACGCUCCCGACUUUGACAGAAGCCAGUGGCUGAAUGAGAAAUUCACGCUGGGCCUGGACUUCCCCAAUCUGCCCUACUUAAUUGACGGGGCUCACAGGCUCACCCAGAGCAAUGCCAUCCUUCGCUACAUCGCUCGCAAGCAUAACCUCUGUGGUGAGACAGAGGAGGAGAAGAUUCGCGUGGACAUUUUGGAGAAUGAGGCCAUGGACACGUCGAAUCAGUUGGCCAGUGUCUGCUACAGCCCUGACUAUGAGAAACUGAAGCCGGAGUUUUUGAAGGUGCUCCCUGAUAAGAUGAAGCUCUUCUCUCAGUUUCUGGGGAAGAGGUCUUGGUUUGCCGGGGACAAGCUCACCUAUGUGGAUUUCCUGGCAUAUGACAUCCUUGACAUACUGCGCAUGUUCGAGCCCAAGUGCCUGGAUGCGUCCCCGAACCUGAAGGAGUUCCUUACCCGCAUAGAGGGCCUGAAGAAGAUCUCUGCCUACAUGAAGUCCAGCCGCUACCUCCCGACCCCUGUGUACACAAAGCCUGCCACCUGGGGCAACAAGUAGGGCCUGUGAGUGCAGCAGGUGCCGUGAGAGGAAUUUCUUUAGUCCUUGCAACUCUGAAAACCGUCUGUCCUGGUGUGCAGCGAACUGAUAGUUUGGUCGGGUAUAG